CCGCAAAUCUGUCCAAGAUGGCGGGUGCCGAUGGAGACGAUUCACUUUAUCCCAUUGCAGUGCUAAUUGAUGAACUACGGAAUGAGGAUGUUCAGUUGCGUUUGAACAGCAUCAAGAAAUUAUCCACCAUAGCUCUGGCACUGGGUGUGGAGCGGACACGUACAGAACUCCUACCCUUCCUAACAGAUACCAUCUAUGAUGAGGAUGAGGUGCUCCUGGCCCUGGCUGAGCAGUUGGGGAAUUUUACCAUGCUUGUGGGAGGCCCUGAAUACGUGCAUUGUCUUCUGCCUCCGCUGGAGAGCCUGGCCACAGUUGAGGAAACUGUGGUUCGGGACAAGGCAGUGGAGUCCCUGAGGAAGAUCUCCCACGAGCAUUCGCCCGUCGACCUGGAGGUUCACUUUGAACCGCUGGUGAAAAGACUGGCCAGCGGAGACUGGUUCACCUCACGGACCUCUGCCUGCGGACUCUUCAGCGUCUGUUACCCACGGGUCUCCAGCACGGUCAAAGCUGAGAUUCGACAGCACUUCCGCACCCUGUGCUCCGACGACACGCCUAUGGUACGCCGCGCCGCUGCCUCCAAACUUGGCGAGUUUGCCAAAGUCUUAGAACUGGAGUAUGUUAAGAGUGACAUCAUCUCUCUCUUCACUGCCCUGGCCUCGGACGAACAGGACUCUGUGCGUCUGCUGGCGGUGGAGGCCUGCGUUAGCAUAGCCCAGCUGUUGCCACAGGAGGACCUGGAGACCCUGGUGAUGCCCACUCUGCGACAGGCGGCAGAAGACAAGUCCUGGAGGGUGCGUUACAUGGUGGCUGACAAGUUUUCUGAGCUUCAGAAAGCCGUGGGUCCGGAGAUCACCAAGAACGACCUGGUGCCAGCCUUCCAGAACCUUCUCAAAGACUGCGAGGCUGAAGUGCGGGCAGCUGCAGCCAACAAGGUCAAAGAAUUCUGUGAGAAUUUGCCAGAGGACAGCAGAGAGACCAUCAUUAUGACUCACAUUCUACCUUGUGUGAAGGAGCUGGUCUCAGACACCAAUCAGCAUGUCAAAUCUGCCCUGGCCUCCGUCAUAAUGGGCUUAUCCACCAUUCUUGGCAAAGACAACACCAUCGAACACCUGCUUCCUCUCUUCCUGGCCCAGCUGAAAGAUGAGUGCCCUGAAGUUCGCCUCAACAUCAUCUCCAACCUGGACUGCGUGAACGAGGUGAUUGGCAUUCGCCAGCUGUCCCAGUCUCUGUUGCCUGCCAUCGUAGAGCUGGCAGAAGAUGCCAAGUGGAGGGUUCGCCUGGCCAUCAUCGAAUACAUGCCCCUGCUGGCGGGGCAACUGGGUGUGGAGUUCUUUGACGAGAAACUGAAUUCCCUUUGCAUGGCGUGGCUUGUUGACCACGUGUACGCCAUCAGAGAGGCGGCUACAUGUAACCUGAUGAAACUGGUGGAGAAGUUUGGAGCAGAAUGGGCCCAAAACACCAUCAUUCCCAAAGUCUUGGGUAUGGCCAAUGACCCAAACUACCUCCACAGGAUGACUACCCUCUUCUGUAUUAAUGCCCUGUCUGAGGCGUGCGGACAGGAGAUCACAACCAAACACAUGCUGCCCGUCGUCUUGAAGAUGUCAAACGACCAGGUGGCCAACGUGCGCUUUAAUGUGGCCAAGUCCCUGCAGAAGAUUGGACCAGUGUUAGACAGCAAUUCUCUACAAACAGAAGUGAAACCAGUGCUGGAAAAACUAGCUUCAGACCAAGACAUAGAUGUCAAAUACUUUGCCCAAGAGGCCAUAAGUGUUCUUGCCCUGGCAUAAGGAACACACUGCUGAACAUACACACCGCAAACUGACCUCCUCCUUAUUUAUUAACACGUCGGAUCAUCUUUCACACUGCUUAUGGAGAGGAGAAAACCUUUCCCGUUACGUUUGGUGGAAAUAACGGAAGAGAAAUUUUGUCUCUGUCCUCUGCGUUUUGGUUUUGACUGUAUCGCUCUCCACAUGCAGCCCCCCUCCCCCCCCCCCUCCCUCUUUUCUGAAAGCGAUUCACCCUCCCCUUCUACCAUCUCAGCCCUUAAUCUCACUACAAAAAAAAGCCAGAGCUAACUAAGCUCUGCCACCUCCCUGAGCCUAAAACACUCUCUUCUCUGCCUUCAGAUACAUAUACACACACACACACACACACACACAAACAUGUUCGCGCAUUCCCUUACCUCCACUACCGGCAGGCACUUUUACUCUUGCUUCUGAAAUUCUAACGUCACGCUUAGUCACACAUAGUGCAAUCAAAGCUCCGGGGAAAGAUCAUUUGGGCAGUUUUUUUGUUUGUUUUUGUGGGGGUUUUUUUUGUUUUGUUAUUUUUUGGAUAGUGAAUCGAUUUGUAUGAAGAUCAUACAGCGACAUGCAUCUCUGUCUCUGAUCUACAGGUGUGGUCCAUCAGAUUCUGUGCACUGAGGUAUUUUGAGCAGUUGUUUUUGUUUUGGGUUUUUUGUUUUUUUUUGGUUCAGUAUUACGCGUUUGGCCAGUUUUACAUGCUGGCUAUGCUUGUCUGUGUCUGGACUUAGCUGUGUGCUCCGUGCAGCCGAUAGCUCCAUAAAACACAGUCUCUCAGAUGUUCUCUUCUUUGCUUGUCUUUGAAGCAAAGCCUAAAGCAUUAGCUGUGCUGUGUCCCGUUAGACCCAAGCUUUGCACUAACUGACUCUACUGGUUGACGGACAAAUAACUGACGUAAUGCCCAUUUUCUGAAAGGGACAGUUUGGAUUUGCACCUCCUGAAAAGAUACAAUUAGACAAAAAAAAAAUUCCCAGGCACCAGUGGGAGACAGAAUAUGUUGUAAAAAAAAAAAAGAAAAGAAAAGAAAAAAAAAAAGAGGAAAAAAAAAAAAAAACAGGCUCUACCACACUGUGCCAUUCAUCAUGCUGCACACUUUCAUUUAGUUUCUCUCUUUCUUUACUUUUCAUUUUUAUGUUUUGUUUUUCCUUCUUUUUUUUUUUUAAUUCAUACUGGAAAGAUCUGUGUAACUUUUUGUGUCAUUUGUACUAAAGCAACUGCAUGACUUCUCACAUACUGGCCCUUUUGUCGUGGUUGAGAAUCUCUGGUAGUUUUUAGAUCAAGUCACCGUGGAUUUGGUAGGAGGCUGAAUCUACACCUGGCACAUGAAACAAUGCAUUUGCUUUGACAGUAAAACUGUCAGAUUCCUCCUUAGCUACGAAGUACAGACAGUAGUACCUUUAUUGUUGUUGUCAUGAAAAUGUGUUUUGGUUUUAUAUGAAUAUUACUCCAUUGCUCUGACACUGAAAUGGGGAGACAUAAUAAAGA